GCCCGGAGCCGGUGCACCUCCGCCAGGCGCGUCUCAGGAACAUUUCAAAGUGGAUGUGAUUCUGGAGCCAAAUCGAUUCUGGAUUUAAUCCACGGAUAUUCUGGCGCACCUGCUACCUCCGCGGAGCGCAAGACGAUGAUCCCACCAGGAGACUGCAUGUAUGCGGGCAGAAAGCGGAGGAAGCCCAUCCAGAAACAGAAGCCGUCCUCUGCCAACGAGAAAAGCAACCCGUCCAAGCGGCACAGGGACAGGCUGAACGCCGAGCUGGACCGGCUGGCCAGCCUGCUGCCGUUCCCCCUGGACGUCAUCUCCAAACUGGACAAGCUGUCCGUGCUGCGCCUGGCCGUCUCCUACCUCCGCGUCAAAAGCUUCUUCCAAGCGAGUCAAGACAAGCCCUCCAGGAAGCACAUCACCAACACAGCAUCCUCUAACCCUGAACCCAGGAAAGAUAGCCUUCCUCUGGGCACCGCCAUCAAUGAAAGCAGCCUCCUCCUGGAAUCUUUAACAGGCUUUGCCUUGGUGGUGAGCAGUGAUGGCAUGGUUUUCUAUGCUUCCUCAACCAUUGUGGACUAUCUAGGAUUUCAUCAGACUGACGUCAUGCACCAAAACGUCUUUGACUACAUCCACAUAGACGACCGUCAGGAGUUCAGACGCCAGCUCCACUGGGCCAUGUGUCCUCCACAACAUCAGGGCACGUCCGGGCAGCAGGAUAGCCAGUUAGCCGCGGGAACAAGUGAAGACUUUGUUGUGGGCAGCAUGUUUAACUCUCCGGAGGCAGGCGAGAUUACUCCCGAGCUCUCCUGCUUUCUCAACAGAUGUUUUAUGGCCAGAGUUCGGUGUCUUUUGGACAGCACCUCUGGAUUUUUGACUAUGCAGUUUCAGGGUCGCUUAAAGUUUCUCCACGGGCAGAAAAAGAAGUCACCCUCUGGGACACUUAUUCCUGCUCAACUGGGUCUGUUCUGCAUAGCUGUGCCCCUCCUACUACCCUCCAUCACUGAGAUGAAAGUGAAAAAUAUUUUAAUGCGGGGAAAGAACAAAGGCGGGGGGAUUAUCUCUCCGAUGGAGCUUGGUGAACGCGGGGAACACCUGAGGAGGCACUCCAUCGGUGGAGGAAUGGGUGACAUGACAGACCCUCUUCUCUUUUCUUGUCCCCAUCCGGGUGCUACGCAGCGAAGCCAACACCCGUCCUGGACCCCUCUUUGCAAAGACAACCUCAAGUACAGCCCUGACGGCUUCUAUAGCCAGGAGGAGCCCCUCAACUUCUGCAAGUCCUCCGUGGCUGCCAGCAAAGGCGUGGGCACAGGUGGACGGUGGCCUAUGCGACAGCACUUGGGAUCCGUCAGAGCUGCUCAGGGUGUCGGCUACAUCCCCACGAACCGCCUAAAUAGGACUGGCCAGUACGGGAAGCCCUACUGCCUUUCCCCGAGCUGUCACGGUGGCAAGGGUGCCGAUGUGUUUGUCUCGAAGCUGUAUGGCUCGUCGGACCCAGACGCUUACUGCGUGGACCUGGUGAAGAGCGAGAACGACUUCGGGGAGUGCUACGACGGCCACAUGAUGCCUGAAAUGCCGCCCAUUAAGAUAGAGCACGACUCCGACUCGGAGAACGGAUGCGACACGUACGGGCAAGCGUGGGCCUGUCGCAACCAAGCGGCGAUCGACCGGCGCUACGGUAACGGCGUGUACGACCCAAGCUCUGGGCUGCAGCUUAAAUCAGAAAGCGACUAUUUCGACCCGCAGUACUCCCCCUGUCAACGGGGGAAAGCAGGAAUCAGCCCCGCGUACAACGACGGCAACUACCCCAGCUAUGCAGUCAACAACGGCGCACGUCUGUUGAAAUGUGACAAAGACUUCGUCAGCAGCGGUGACUCCAACCAGUUCAGCCCUCAGAGACUCUCUCACUCAGACUCUCUAUGCAGCAACCAAUCGGUCAACCUCAUGAAUUCAAACAUCUACCCUCAAAAGGCGUAUAUGCACCCGGACUACAACAAGCAAGGCCCCUAUGAGUUCAAAGGUCAUGGCCUGGUCCAUUCAAUCAAACGGGAGCCAAUGGACUCCCCCCCCUGGUCUGAGAACGGUCAGGACAUGAACCAGUCCAUGAUGGGCGGCUCAAGGAACGUUAUGCCAUGUGUGAUGAGCACAGGCCACAACAAGUCCAGUCCCUACGUUUACAUGCAAUGAGAGAGAGCAUUACCCACGGGCAGAUAAAUGUCUGCCCCCCCCCCCCGCCCCCCAACCCCUUCACACGCACAAUUACACAUAACCACAAACAAAUCAUUGUGUAUGAAAUAGUUUUCCUUUAUCGUGUCGAUGUCUACCAGCAUUACAGAAGGUUACCAUGACUCCCAGGAUGUCAAAUAUUUUCUUAAAUUAACUAAAGAGGUCUCAGGUUCAAGCAUCAGUGUUGUGACAAUCAAAGUUUUUGACUUUCAGACCAGAGGGUGUUACUUCUAAGGUACAGAUUUGGGAUUUUGAGCACUUUUGGCUUUAGUGACAAUGAGGAAAAAUAAUGUCAAGACACCUGUUUAGUUUCGUAUUGUUGUGACACCAGGAUUUUGCAGGGGAAUAUCUUUUUUAUUUUUUUCUAAACUUUGUGCACAGGAGAAAACUUGCAUUGAUUGACAAUUUCAUUUAGGUAAUAAUGCAUUUCUAAUGUUAACCUUUGAAUAGUUUUAGGGUGUUUC